AUGCGGUCCCGCCUUCUCAUCUCUGUGGCCCUCCUGCCCACAAUUCUGGAAACCUCAGAGGAGGGGCUGUCCAGGGGGCCUGUGCAGGAGUCCCCACCCUCCCCCAGCCUGGACGACUACGUGAGGUCCAUCUGUCAGCUGGCACAGCCUGCCUCUGCGCUGAACGAGGCCUCUGCCGGGCAGAGACCCAGCAGACUGCACCGGUCAGCCAGGGCCUGUGAGAGGAGACACACUGCCAUGUCCCCACAGGACGUCACGACCUGCUUCAGCAGCCAGGGGCCCCUCCUUCCCGGGGCCGGCACUGCUGACCCCCUGGACUGGCUCUUUGGGGAGUCCCAGGAAACCCCGUCCAGCAGGAAGGACUUGAUGAGGAGGACGGGCACCUCUGCUGACUCCUGGGGUCUGCACAGACAGAUGGACACUGGCGAGGCCAGGAGUGGCCCCAGAGCGAGGUUCUGUGAUGCCAGGGGCCCUGGGCACUCUCUCUUGAGGCUGUCACAGGGCGGGCAUCUGAGCUCCAACCGGGACUCCAGGCAGCCCUGCCCCAAUGACAGCAUCCUCAGAGCCCUCCACUCGGACCUCCCGGUGAUUCAUGAACUCUGA